CACGACAGCCCUUGUCAAUGGUAUACUAUGCCUCGUUCAAGCGUCUCCUCCGUUGCAAGGGUAUACGCAAAUGUCAAUGCAGAGCGUGGUCCUUCCUGGUAUGAGUAUGAUAACCUCCAGGUGCAAUGGGGCAUUCAAGACCAUUACGAGAUCGUUAGGAAGGUCGGUCGAGGGAAGUACUCUGAGGUUUUCGAGGGCAUACAUAUCGUCAACGAUGACAAGUGCAUCAUCAAGGUUUUGAAGCCGGUGAAGAAGAAGAAAAUCAAGCGAGAAAUUAAAAUCCUCCAAAAUCUGGCAGGCGGUCCGAAUGUCGUCGCCCUUCUGGACGUUGUCCGUGACCCGUCUUCCAAGAUUCCGAGUCUUGUCACCGAAUAUGUGCAUAAUACCGACUUUAAAGUCCUAUAUCCUCGUUUCACCGACUUUGACGUUCGAUUCUACAUUUUUGAGCUUCUGAAGGCCCUCGAUUUUUGUCACUCUUGUGGCAUCAUGCAUAGAGACGUCAAACCACAUAAUGUAAUGAUUGAUCACGAACGACGAAAGCUGCGACUUAUCGACUGGGGGCUGGCCGAAUUUUACCAUCCGAAGACUGAAUACAAUGUCCGAGUUGCGUCUCGUUAUUUCAAAGGCCCAGAGCUCCUCGUCGACUUCCAGGAGUAUGACUACAGCUUGGAUAUGUGGAGCCUUGGUUGCAUGUUUGCCUCGAUGAUCUUCCGAAAGGAGCCUUUUUUCCACGGCCACGACAAUUACGACCAACUGGUGAAAAUCACCAAGGUCCUGGGUACAGACGAGUUGUUCCUUUAUCUUGAGAAAUACGAUAUCGAACUUGAUGCGCAGUACGACGACAUUCUUGGCCGAUACCAAAAGAGGCCGUGGACAAGAUUCAUUGCUUCCGAAAAUCAACGUUAUAUUUCAAAUGAGGCGAUUGACUUCUUGGACAAGUUGCUUCGUUACGAUCACCAAGACAGGUUGACUGCUAAAGAAGCGCAGGCUCACCCAUACUUCGAUCCAGUGAAGGCAGCAGCGGCGGUGAACGGAGAGAGCGGUAGUGAAUCCGAUGCGUCAGGCGUAUAGGCUCUAGACCAUAUGAGCGCCGUACUCGUCUGUUACUCCGUGCUAACCACGCCUUUGCGUUUGCAUUGUAUUUGUUUUCUAGAAGUCUCCGUUUCUGAAUGCCUGUCUUUGAAUGUAGCAAUCUGGAGUUGAAAAAGAAUGCGCUCAGUGUUAGAAGAUGAAUAUAUUGUACUGUAUUUGCAAAUCGCUUUCCAACAAGUAGUUAAUUGACGUCAAGACAAAGCCUACAACCGUUCCCGCUUGUCGAACUGCCUGGCCUUCCACCAUGCU